CACAUAGUAACGCGAGAGAAGCAGAGAUCGUCAGAGAAGAAAGAAAAAGGAGGAGAAGAAAAAAGGGAGGAAGAAAAAAGGUAAGACUAAUCUCUUCAAGUUGGGAUGUAAUUUAUCCAUUGUUCCAAGUGAUAAAGGUGUGAUUUAUAUUAAAUUUUUAGGGUUUUAACUUGUAGUGAUAAAAUGUCAAAUUUAGGUGAUAUAUGUACGAUUUGGAGCUCAAGCUUGGGGAUUAAUUAAGUUUCAAUUUCAGCAAGGUAGGCAAUAAAAUUUUUGGGGAAAUCCUAGAAUUCGAUUUCGGAUUUUUGAUUAGUUAAUUGUGGAAAUGAUUAUAUAAAUGAAAUAUUUCACUUGGGAGUUGAUUUUAUGGAACAAAAUGUAUAUUAAAUGGGUGGAAUUAUGGUUACUAGUUUCACUAGAUUGGAGAGCAAAAUUAGUUUUAAACUUGGGAAGAAGGUUUUGUUGAUGAAUUAGUUAUUAGAAAAGGGAUUAGAAAAAGGGAUUUGCUCCAAUUGAUCAAAAGAAUAUUUUGCAAAUUCAUUCGAACAUCGACCAAUUUUAGUUAAGUAUUAUAGAAGUAGAUCCUAAAGUUUUUAAAUUUAAUAGUAGUUGAUUAGUCAGCUUAUUAUGUAUUCCAGAUGGUGACGAGGAGAUUGGAAGAGGCUAUCAGCCAUCUUAGGUUCAGCUUGUAUUAUAUAAAAGCUGCGAUGAGUCAUAUCAGAGCCUGUCGAUCGGCGAGUUGAACUACAUCGUGUCGUUGUUUGUAUGUCUCAUCUUGUUAAUUCAUACAACACAUAUUUUCUGGAAUUGAUGUAUUUUGUGUCAAAAAAUGUAUUAAGUCACAUGCUCAUUCCAUAUUUUGUGUAUGUUUUGAAAUGAAGUUGUUUGGUGAUAAAGAAGGGUAAAUUUCUUUUUCAGUACAACUACUUUGAAGAAUUGGUAUUUUGAGGGGCCGGUGUACCUGUUUUAAACUAUAUGUACAUGUUUGGGAUAUUUGAUCUUAUUUUCAGGUGGUUUUAGUCCAUUUUUCAGAGGGAAUUCUAUCGAAAUUUUUAUAAAAUUAUAACAGUCAAAGCAUGUCAAGUUUAUCUUGGUGGUGGGUCCGGCACUCCCCUAAUAUCUACCAUCGGCGCACGACAAGUGUCGGAUCCAUUAGGAUGAUUUGGGACGGGUCAUGUCAAUUGGUAUCAGAGCAUGGUUAUAAAGUCAGUUUGCAUGGUUUAUUUGAUUUUUGUUCUUAUCAUAUCAUACAUAUUUUGUAGUUGGAGUCAUGGCUCGUGGUAAUAAGACACGCAGGCUCCAAGAUAUGUCAUCUCAACCACCAACUGCUCCUGAUAGGGAUGCUAGUGGAGUCGAGGAAUCAGUUCAUCUGACCCAUGAUCAACGAAGAUAUGGGGAUGUAGCCUAGCCUGACUUAAUAGCUGAUAGGAUUGCCACCACUGUUGCUUCUGCUCUACGCAAUACAGAUAAAGAUUGUAGUAUAGAGCGAGCUACUAAAUUAGGAGCUAAAGUAUUUAUAGGCACAACUAAUCCAGGAGAAGGAAAAUCAUGGAUGGUGAGGAUUGAAAGAAUAUUUGAUGUGAUGGAUUGUCCUGAUGAUCGAAAAUUACGUCUAGCUACUUUCUUGUUAGAAGGAAGUGCUUAUGAUUGGUUGAGGUCUGUACAGAGUAAAUAUGUUGAUCCUUCUGUGAUCACGUGGGGCAAGUUUAAAGAUGAUUUUAAUGAGCAUUUUUACCCUCAUUCUUACAAGACUGACAAACAGAAUGAAUUUUGGAGACUAGUACAGACAUCAACAGUGGUGGAGUAUCAGAAGAAAUUUCUAGAAUUAUCAAAGUAUGCUGCCGCUCUUGUAGCUGAUGAAGUUGAUAAAUGCAGAAAAUUUGAGUAUGGCCUGAGAGAAGAAAUUAGAUCGGUGGUGACUGCGUCUGGGUAUGAAAAUUUGAGUAAACUUGUAGAAGCAGCAUUAAGGGUUGAGAAAAGUUUGUCUGAACGACAUGGUGGUCAACAACAAAUGAGAUCGGGAAUUGGAAGCAGUAGUCAGACAUGGGCAAGAGGAUCUAUGACUAGGCCACGGAGGAGGGAUCGCAGAGGAGGUAGAUUAGGUGUUUCCAAUUCCCGGUCUCAUUUGUUGUUGACCACUAUGUCGUUUAGACAAACUUUUCUCGACCCUUAAUGUUGCUUCUACAAGUUUACACCCAAAUUUUCAUACCUAGACGCAGUCACCAUUGAUCUAAUUUUUUCUCUCAGGCCAUACUCAAAUCAUCUGCAUUUAUCAACUUCAUCAGCUACAAGAACAGCAGCAUACUUUAAUAAUUCUAUAAAUUUCUUCCGAUACUUUGCCAUUGUUGAUGUCUGUACUAGUCUCAAAAAUUCAUUCUGUUUGUCAGUCUUGUAAUAACGAGGGUAGAAAUGCUCAUUAAAAGCAUCUUUAAACUCGCCCCAUGUGAUCACAGAAGGAUCAACAUAUUUACUCUGUACGGACCUCCACCAAUCAUAAACACUUCUUUCUAACAAAAAAGUAGCUAGUCGUAAUUUUCGAUCAUCAGGACAAUCCAUCACAUCAAAUACUCUUUCAAUCCUCACCAUUUAUGAGUCUGAUUCUACUGGAUCAGAUGUGCCUGUAAAUACUUUAGCUCCUAAUUUAGCAGCCUGUUCUAUACUACAAUCUUUAUUUGUAUUGUGUAGAGCAGAAACAACAGCGGUGACAAUCCUAUCAGCUAUUAGUCAGGCUGGGCUACAUCCCCAUAUCUCCGCUGAUCAUGGGUCGGAUGAACUGAUUCCUCGACCCUACUGGCAUCCUUAUCAGGAACAACUGGUGGUUGAGAUGACAUAUCUUGGAGCCUGCGUGUCUUAUUACCAUGAGCCAUGACUUCCAACUACAAAAUAUGUAUGAUAUGAUAAGAACAAAAAUCAAAUAAACCAUGCAAACUGACUUUAUAACCAUGCCCGAUACCAAUUGACACGACCUGUCUCAAAUCACCCUAAUGGAUUCGACACGUGAAGUGCGCCGAUGGUAGAUACUAGCAGAGUGCCGGACCCAUCACCAAAGCAACUUGACAUGCUUUGACUGUUAUAAUUUUAUAAAAAUUUCGACAGAGUUCCCUCUUAAAAAUGGACUAAAAUCACCUGAAAAUAAAAUCAAAUAUCCCAAACAUGUAUAUAUAGUUUAAAACAGGGUACACCGGCCCCUCAAAAUACCAAUUCUCCAAAGUAGUUGUACUGAAAAAGAAAUUUACCCUUCUUUACCACCAAGCAAAUUCAUUUCAAAACAUACACAAAAUAUGCAAUUAGCCUAUGAUUUAAUACAUUUUCUGACACAAUACAUCAAUCCCAGAAAAUAUGUGUUGUACGAAUUAACAAGAUGAGACAUGCAAACAAUGAGACGAUGUAGUUCAACUCGUCGAUCGACAGGCUCCGAUAUGGCUCAACACAGCUUCUAUCUGAUAAGAAAUGAGGUGGCAAAAAUAUGAGCCUACGACUCAGUGAGUGGAUAUUUGUAAAAGUAUACUUUUCCAUUCAUAAA